UUAAUGUGUUAUAGAACGUGAACGGUCGCUAUACUUGAUCAUUUCGAUUUAAUUUUUGUUCAGUUUAAAAUAAUCAAAAAAAUCUUAAAAUGCCUCGUUUAAGUUUGGACACAAACUUACCCUCAUCAAAAAUACCUGAUGAUUUCUUAAGCGGAGCUUUGAAAGUGCUGUCUAAUACACUUGGCAAAGGACCCAAAUUUUGUAUAACGCUUGUGAAUAGUGGUUUGAAAAUGACUUUUGGUGCAUCCAGCGAGCCAUGUGGAAUUGUUCAAGUCACAAGUAUUGGUAGCUUAGGGCCAGAAGAAAAUAAAAAACAUAUUGCCGCCAUCACAGAUUACGUUCACGAAACUGUUGGAAUACCAAAAAAUAGACUAUACGUUUUCUUCCAAUCGAACACACCUGAAAGUACAGGCUACCUUGGAUCGACGUUCCAUCAACUUGCAAUUGUCGAAAAGGGAGCUAGAUUGGCCUAAUAUUUUCAAUUUGUUAAUAUUAUAUUGUUCUUAGUCGGUACACACUUGAUUAUUACAUACUAAGUACCUACUGAAAAUUGCAAAAGCUAUUUCCGUUUAUUAUUGUAUAAAAUAUGUAUUUGGUUCAUUUGACAAUAAGCCGAAGUCAUGAAAUAAAAAAUAUAAUACAUACAUUUCAUACGGUAUUAGAUGGAAUAAAUAAUAAUAAUAUAAAAUAGUAUGCUGCAUUAUUAAUAUUUAUAGUGUUAUCUAAAUAAAACAAAUUACAACAAUA